AUGAAGACAUUAAUUGUGCUUGUGCUGUCUCUCACCUUACUGCCUUUCUUCUCAGGGGCCUCCCCGAUUCUGACGGAAAAGCAGGCCAAGCAGCUCCUGAGAUCCCGGCGCCAGGACCGGCCGAGCAAACCAGGCUUCCCGGAUGAGCCCAUGCGGGAGUACAUACACCACCUGCUCCGCCUGGAGCACCACGCCGAGGAGCAGUUCCUGGAACACUGGUUGAACCCCCACUGCAAGCCCCACUGCAACAGGAACGUGGUCCAUCCCGUGUAAGGCGCUCGGGACCAGCCUCCGCAAGCAUUUUGAUUGGCAACGACCUGGAUCCUGUUGAACCAGGAUGAGGCUCCUUUCAUUUGUUUGUCAGCUGCAGAAACGGAUGUCUUCAGACCUUGUGAAC